GAAGAUUUGAACUGGCUUUAAUGAGGAGAGGACGGCGGAAGGAGAACAGCAAACCCGAACGGAGCCCUCCUACUGUCGGCUAACGCCAAAGAGAACGGAUUAAUAAGCGACGGGCUGGGUGUGGAGAGGUCCGCCUUGGAAGUGGGAAGAAAGGGGGCAAAAAAACCAAAAUCUACUGUAUAUAACCACGUAACACUCGGGAGCUGGACGCCGCCGUCGCGGUUGCAUGUCAGAGAAGGUUUGCCGGCGUUGCUGACCUCACCUUCCUCCUGGACUGAGAGCACCCCCCCCCCACCCCACUAGGCAGUUUGUGACACUUGACUGUCAGAUUUGAGGCCACUAUGUCUUAGAUCCAGUGCUUCCCACUCAGAACACCUGCCCCUCCAUCCCCCCUCCCCCCUGCUCUGCUCAUGUUCACGCUCCACCUGGAGCUAUGAGCCUGCAGAAGCGCCCACCGGCCGGCUCGGACCGGGACCUGCAGUCCUCCGCCGCGUCCUCUGUCAGCCUCCCGUCUGUCAAGAAGGCGCCCAAGAAGCGACGGCUGUCCUUGGGUUCGUUGUUCCGGCGACGGCGCGAGCCCAAAUGCCGGUCCCGUGACCUCGGGACAGACGCGGUGGCCAGCGUGGAGAGCGUGCGCUCUGAGGGCUGCCAAGAAAAACCCGCUGCUUCUGUGCCAGCUACGGCCUCCACCUCUUCUUGUGCUGCCUCUUCGGUGCCAUCUUCAUCCUCCUCGACCUCCUCGUCCUCAGAGCUGCUGGAAUGUCCCCUGUGCCUGCUGCGGCAUGCACGGGACCGUUUCCCUGAGAUCAUGACGUGCCCCCACCGCUCCUGCGCAGACUGCCUGCGUCAGUACCUGCGCAUUGAGAUCUCAGAGAGCCGUGUCAACAUCAGCUGCCCGGAGUGUACUGAGCGCUUCAACCCGCACGACAUCCGCAUGAUCCUAGCUGACCGUGCUCUCAUGGAGAAAUAUGAGGAGUUCAUGCUGCGUCGCUGGCUGGUGGCAGACCCUGAUUGCCGCUGGUGUCCCGCUCCCGACUGCGGGUAUGCGGUCAUUGCCUUCGGUUGUGCCAGCUGCCCAAAGAUCACGUGCGGCCGGGAGGGCUGUGGCACAGAGUUCUGCUACCACUGCAAACAGCUGUGGCACCCCAACCAAACCUGCGAUGCUGCCCGACAGCAGAGGGCCCAGAGCCUGAGGCUGAGGACCGUGCGUUCCUCCUCACUCAGCUAUAGUCAGGAGAGCGGGGCGGCAGCUGACGACAUCAAGCCCUGCCCACGCUGUGCAGCUUAUAUCAUCAAAAUGAACGAUGGCAGCUGUAACCACAUGACCUGUGCCGUGUGUGGCUGUGAGUUCUGCUGGCUCUGCAUGAAGGAAAUCUCGGAUCUGCACUACCUGAGCCCAUCUGGCUGCACCUUCUGGGGCAAGAAGCCCUGGAGUCGCAAAAAGAAGAUCCUGUGGCAGUUGGGCACGCUGGUGGGGGCUCCGGUGGGCAUCGCGCUGAUCGCCGGCAUCGCCAUCCCCGCAAUGAUCAUCGGCAUUCCUGUGUAUGUAGGGAGGAAGAUUCAUAGUCGCUAUGAAGGGAAAGACAUUUCUAAGCACAAGAGGAAUCUGGUGAUUGCCGGUGGCGUGACCCUGUCCGUCAUAGUCUCUCCCGUGGUGGCUGCUGUGACAGUCGGCAUCGGGGUUCCCAUCAUGUUGGCCUAUGUGUAUGGCGUGGUGCCAAUCUCCCUGUGCCGUAGCGGCGGCUGCGGCGUGUCGGCUGGCAACGGCAAAGGCGUGCGCAUUGAGUUUGAUGAUGAAAACGACAUGGCUGCGGGCAGCGGCGGAGCAGUCACAGACACAACCUCGGUGGCAGAGACGCGGAAUAACCCCAGCAUCAGCGAGGGCAGUGUGGGCGGCCUGACGGGCAGCCUGAGUGCCAGCGGGAGCCACAUGGAUCGCAUCGGUGCCAUGAGGGACAACCUGAGCGAGACUGCCAGCACCAUGGCGCUCGCUGGGGCCAGCAUCACGGGCAGCCUGUCGGGCAGCGCCAUGGUCAGCUGCUUCAACAGACUGGAGGUACAGGCUGAUGUUCAGAAGGAGAGGCACAGCCUGAGCGGGGAAUCGGGUACCGUCAGUCUGGGCACGGUCAGUGACAGCGCCAGCACCAAAGCAAUGGCUGGGUCCAUCCUCAACUCCUACAUGCCCCUGGACAGGGAUGGAACCAGCAUGGAGGUUCAAGUCGACAUAGAGUCUAAGCCCAGCAAGCAGAGACACCACAGCGGUGGCAGCAGUGUGGAGGAUGCCCAGCACUCUACCUGUCCUUCCAAGGUGCCCUCCUCGUCCUGCCCUUCCGGCAAGCAGAGCAAGACCAAGCUACGGCGGAAAGGCGGCUCCCACAGCGGGGAGAUGCGUGAGGACAUGGAGGCCCAGUUACUGGGGCGACGCCGCACCGACUCCAGCGAGUUUGACCCUCCUUCCCUGAGCGGCAGCCUACCGUCAGUGGCAGAGUCGCACUGCAGCCGCGUCUCCUCCGAACUCAGCUGCUCCGACCCCGAAAGCGCCAAGGGCCCAGGCCGUGGCUCCAGUGACUGCCACCCUCGCUUGGCUGCCGUCAGCCCGUUGCCCGAGGUGGAGCACGACCGCCUAGAAAACGGCCCCUCCCAGGCGCACCCUCAGGCCCUCCCGCCGAGCCCCGAGGUUCCUCCGUUGUGCUUCGUCACUGAGGAGAGUGUCAACCUAAUGUGCUCCACAGAGCAGGACCCCGGCACAGGAGAACCUCCGAAAGAGGAGAACAACAACCGGCCUCAGCUGGCCAGCGCUGUGAAAAACGCCUGCAUUCAAACUGAAAUCUAAACCUUAAGUGCUGUCUAUGGAGGUCGUGCCACUUACUUGCCACUAAUCACCCUUGCUUCACCUGUUUGAGGGGCAUUUCCUUGGUCAAAGGAGUUAUUUUCCAAACCAGCUUAAAUUUUUGCAAUCUGUUAAUUAUUCGGUUUAAAUGAGUUGAUGGGGCAUCCAUUUAAACGUGGGAAGACACUUGAGGAGGCGAUGUUGAAAUUGGUAGAAGAGAAUGCUGGUAACUGGCGUUUUGGCUGCAGAUGGGAAGCGUGGUAAGUGAGCAUAGAAGGUGUGAGGUGGAGAAGGUGAAGGCACCAUUUUGUUCUGGUUAUCAUGGUGCACAUUCUCAAUUCAGCAAAAAAGUAAUGGGGACCAGACAGUGCUAUUUUAUGCGAAUGAUUGUGGUAAUUAUAUUACAUUUGUAAAAAUGAUUUUUAUUUAUUAACUUUGUUGUGGAGAUGAUGGAUAAAAGGAACCUUCUGUGGAGUAGGAUAUAUGGUAUUCAUUGAAUUGGACAGAGCGCCAGAGGACACUGGGAAGCGGAGCUGGCUGACCAGGUAGCGGUGGGGCAGUGUCCCUUCUUGGUGGGCUCGCAUGAAUGGAUGUAGGACGAUAGGGUUUGAGAGCAGAAGACAGCUGGAGAAACAGGACUGAUGACCACUGUUCUGGGUUGGAACAAAUCAAAAGGGUCCUCGAGCCCUCAUUUUGUUAGCUGGAGAUUUUCGGUUCAAAGGCAAUUUAUUCAAGCUGUUGAAUUCACCUCUUUCAGUUUUAUAUAUUUGCUGACUCAUAGUGCCUUUGAAACCUCUUACAUUCGCUGUUCUGUUUUCGGCAUAAGAUUGAUGUGAAUGUCUUCCUGACGUUGUUGGGAGAGAGAGAGCUAUUCACAUACUGUGGUAGACAUGGUGAAAUAACGACUACAAAUUGCCUACCAAAGACCACACUCAGGCUUAUGCUCUGUGUUCCUGUUAACCCUUGACGUCUGUUCAGAGAGGAGUUCCUCUGCAGGGUGCAUGUGUGCACUCACCCUCACCAUGAGGAACACGUCUGUUGAAGACUCAAGUUCACAGGUCGCCGUUUUUGUACCUGCUUAAAGAUACUGCGCAAAGCAACUAAGGAAGGCCUGAGCACCUGCACUCUUAACACUUGUUGUGAUGUUUAAUUCUGAUGUACCACAGUUCUCUAAGCAUCUGAGGGUCGGGAUUCCCUCCCUAGUCCCUGCUCCCCCCUGAUUCCUGUCCAUGUUGCCAUUCUGGUGCUGCUGAAUGACUGGAGUGAUGAAAAUGCCACAAGCUGCAAGCUGCUUUUUGCCUUUCCUCCUCUCCCAUUUCUUUUACUUUGAACACUAGUGCCAGGUAUGACUUGUGCAGAACCGCUUAUGGUAUUUGUAUAUUUGUUUGCUAAUUGCUUUAUAAUAUGCGUGUAAAUGCAUAUCUAUAAUUAAAGAGCUUUUGUGUAUCACUUUGUUGAAUAAAUCAACAUUCAUGUUUCAAAAA